AUGUACCAUGGUGGUCAAAUUUGUGGUAACUGUUAUGCUUGUGGCAAUGUAGCUUGGUUUGAUUAUUGUGACAAGGAUAGAAUAAAUGGUGGCCUAACAAAGCUUAAUGAUGAUCAAGAUGUCAUAGACAUGCUUGUAUUUGUACCAGAGACAAGGCUAAUAGACAUCUUCCUACAUCAUGAGGUUGAUAGUAAUGAGGAUUGGUUUUAUAGUCAAUCAAGAUCAAAUCUGUUUGUUGAUUUAGAAGUUGAUAUUGUGCCUAAUAGAGGCGUUGUGAUUGAGGAGCUUGAUGGCAAUUACGUUGUGAUUGAGGAGCUUGAUGGCAAUUAUGGGGCUAUUGUUCCUGUUGAGUUUAAUGAAGACCCAAAUGGGGAACAAAGUGGUGGGGGUACACAAAAGGCAAGGGAAUCUUGUGCAAGAUGGGGUGUUUCUGAAAAAGGUAAAGAAAAAGCAGUAGAAAGGGAAUCUUCUGCAGUGCAAACAGUAAAAGAAAAAGCAGUUGAGAGGGAAUCUUAUACCCUUGUAGACAAAGGGAAAAGUAAAGUCAAUUCUGUUUUUGGGAAAAGGAGGGCAAGAGCUUUUGGUAAAAGGAGGUGCAAAAAUGUAAAGAAAACAUGUGAUAAAGAAGACCAAAGGUCCAAUACAGUAACUGAGGGACUAGUUGAGAAUGAGGUUGUUGAAGCAAUUGUAGAAAAGAGCAAGUUAUUAAGAUGUCAUUCAAUGAAGACAAGAAAAGCAAGGAAAAGGACCACAGUCUAUGAUGAUGAGGAGUCAGCAAAUAGUCUUGACUCUAAUUUUGCAGACCCUAAUUUCAAUUGUGAUGAUUGUGAUGAUGAUGUCGAUUUUGAUGAAUGGGUGGACAAACAUAUUGAGUGGGUUGGCGAUGGGGCAAAAGGAAAAGAGCCAGACUCUACAAAUGCUAAGGUUGAAUCUUGGGAUUGGGAUGCAGAUGUCGAACUGGAUUCAGAGGAGCAUGAUUUUGAUAAUGUGCAUCAUAAAUAUGACUCUGAUGAUGACACUCCAAUGAAGGAUAGAUGGCCAGAGUUGAAUCCGGCAACUGACAUGGGGGAUCCACAGUUUGAGGUUGGGAUGAAGUUAAAUGAUUGUAACGUUUUUAGAUCUGCUGUCAAAGAACAAUUUAUAAAGAUGAAUAGGGAUGUUGUAUUUAUGAGAAGUGAGGCUUUCAAGAUAAAAGCAAUUUAUGCAAAUCUAGAUUGUCCAUAG